CGGUUCCUGCGAAUCACAUGACAGCCUGGGAACCUCCUGACUCUGAGCAGCGAGGCGGUGAGGCUCUUAUUGCCCGGAGAAGAUGGCGGAAGAGAGGGAGCCUCCACCGCUGGCGGGAGACGCGGCUGAGACGGGGUUUAGGGAGCUGGAGGAGGGCGAGGACCUGUUUAUCAGCACCGUCUCCACCAUAGAGCAGCUCAGCCCAACGUCCCCAGAGCCGGCCAGCCUGCCUGCAGAAGACAUCAGCACUAACUCCAACGGACCCAAGCAGGAAAUAUUAUUAGACGAUGACCAAGAGGACCUUUUUGCUGAAGCCACGGAAGAGGUGUCUCUGGACAGUCCAGAGAGAGAGCCCAUUCUUUCUGAUGGUCCAUCUCCUGCCAUCACUCCAGUGACUCCCACAGUCAUAAUCACUCCACGAGUCGAUGCCUCCAUGUUUGACAGAUCUCCGGAUGAGGAUGAAGAAGCUGAGGAAAAUGGGGACACAUUUGAUCUGCAGAUAAUGGUAUCUGAUCCAGAGAAAGUGGGUGAUGGAAUGAAUGCGUACAUGGCGUACAAGGUUACCACGAAGACGUCCCUGAACCUCUUCAACAGAAACGAGUUUACCGUAAAAAGGAGGUUUAGUGAUUUCCUUGGUUUGCACAGCAAAUUAGCUUCUAAGUACCUGCACAUUGGGUACAUAGUCCCUCCCGCACCAGAGAAAAGCAUUGUGGGAAUGACCAAGGUCAAAGUUGGGAAAGAAGAUCUGUCGUCUGCAGAAUUUGUAGAGAAAAGAAGAUCUGCCUUGGAAAGGUACCUGAUGAGAACCGUGAAUCACCCCGCACUGCUGAAGGAUCCUGACGUCAUUCAGUUCCUGGAGAGCACAGAGCUGCCGCGAGCAGUUAGCACCCAGGCACUGAGUGGGGCCGGAAUAUUGAGGAUGGUAAACAAAGCGGCCGAAGCUGUCAACAAAAUGACAAUCAAGAUGAAUGAAUCGGAUGCGUGGUUUGAGGAGAAACAGCAGCAGUUUGAGAACCUUGACGUCCAGCUGAGAAAACUGCACGCCAGUGUGGAGUCAUUGGUGUGUCACAGGAAAGAGUUAUCUGUGAACACUGCGUCCUUCGCGAAGAGCGCUGCUAUGCUGGGAAACUCUGAGGACCACACGGCCCUGUCUCGAGCUCUGUCUCAGCUGGCUGAAGUGGAGGAGAAGAUUGAUCAGCUGCAUCAGGAGCAGGCUUACGCUGACUUCUAUCUGUUCUCUGAGCUGCUGGGGGACUAUGUGCGCCUCAUCACCGCUGUCAAAGGUGUGUUUGACCACCGCAUGAAAACGUGGUCCAAAUGGCAAGAUGCCCAGGUCAUGCUGCAGAGGAAGAGAGAGGCUGAGGCUAAGCUACAGUACGCCAACAAGCCGGACAAGCUUCAGCAGGCCAAGGAGGAAAUAAAGGAGUGGGAGGCUAAAGUGCAGCAGGGAGAGAGAGAUUUCGAGCAGAUAUCUAAAAACAUUCGCCGGGAAGUGGGAAGAUUCGAGAAACAAAGAGUGAAGGACUUCAAAGUUGUCAUCAUCAAAUAUCUAGAGUCGCUAGUACAUACACAGCAGCAGCUGAUAAAAUAUUGGGAAGCAUUCCUGCCUGAAGCCAAAGCUAUCGCAUAAGCCGACAAACCCCCUGCGCACCUGCAUCGGGACUGUUGAUCACAUUUUUUUGCCAUUUAAUGUACAGCAUAAUCACGCGAAAAAAGGAUGCACGGACUUAAAUACCACUCUAAUAAAAACACUAUGAAUCUUUUAAUUGAUCGGUUCCUCCUUUUUACCCUUUUGGAGUCUUCAGCAGAUCAGCUGCUUUACUGUUCAUCCUUAUGGGGGAUCCUGGCAGUGGUGGUAGGCAUUGCACUCCCUGCUUAUUGAUACACUACUGCUCUGUCUUUUAAAGGGGUCCAAGCACCUCAGUGGACCUAUCAUUAUUUCACUGUUUGUUUUUUGCCGUCUCUUGUAAAUCAACCAAUGCAUCAUGGAUUCAAAUCUGUCAAUCUAUAAUUUUCCCCAUAGGCAGUGAUCCGGAAGGGGAUAGCCUUUGAGAGGAAUGUGUUUGCAUCUCUUUCAGUUUUAGGCAUGAGCAUGUUUUGUUAAAAAUCAUCAUAAAUUGAUUACAUCUUUUCUUGUUUGCUCCUUUUACACAAAAAUGCACAGGGCUGUAGUGCUUGGACCCCCAGUGCCGCUGCCUGGCGCUAUAUACACAUGCAUAUAUAUAUUUUUUAUUUUGCCUCUUAGCCUGAUUUUUUUUAAAUAUUGAAUAUCUGAGUUGAUUCUUUGUUUUAAAGCAUUGUUAUAACAGAUUUUUUUAAUUCAUGAAUUUUUUACGUUACAUUCCUGUGCAACAAUGCUGAAAUUCAAAUAAAGGAAUGUACUUCAGUAUUGAA